AUGCAUCAACGCUCGUUCAAACCGACGACCAAACACCGCGCCACCAGCACCAAGACUGCCCUCUUGGGACUGUUGAUGGCAGCGCCGGGGGUCUGGGUCGAUGCAGCUCCUGGUGUCAGCCUCGACGCUGUGGUGGCCAACAAGCUGGAGGCCAAGAGCCACCACGGUGUUGGAGAUGUCGACAAACCUGUCAUCAUCGCGGCUAAGAAGCCGGAAGAUGACGACCCCUGGUUGAUGCCAGCCAACAAGUUCUACGACAACUACCUGGACAACUACUGGGCAAAUCGGAACCAAUCUUCUGUGCAUGGGCGGUCGUCGCUGGUGGGAAUGGCUCACAGAAAGAGGACUGUGCCGAAGUAUGAUUCUGCCCUCUACUGCGGCAUCUUCGCCACCGGCUACCGCGAAGACAUCUCCUCCCUCCUCUGGGACUUCCACACGCAAAAAAACAUCAUCCACUACAUCGUCGGCUGGCGCGAGUGUCGCCGCGUCGCCUGCAAGAACACGUCCGGCAUCUACAUCUGCAACGACACGACACAAACCGUCCGCGUCACGGGCGAGCGCAUUUAUUCCUUAGGCAAAAUCCCCAGCGACAAUUGCUGCCACCAGGGCCCGCCCGAGAACCCGACCAAGAAAGCCGGUCAUGGCAUGAGUGGCCAGAAGUUCACUGGCACGGGGUUCAAUGUGAUUGUGGCGUAUGCGAAUUGUAAUAAGGGCGAGAUGGAGUAUAGACCGCAGAUGGGCCCGGAGGAUAAUCCGUGGGGACCGAAUUUGCAGUGUUUUACGGAGUUUUAUGGGUUGAGUCCUAGCCCGACGAAUGGGGAUGUGGUGACGAAGAGGAAGAGGGACGGUGUGGUGGAGGAGAGGGAGUGGGAGUUGGUGGAUGAUGGGACCGGGGUUAUGGAUUUGAAGGAGAAGGAGGUGAAGGGGGUGGUAGAGGAGAGGGAGGUUGAGGAGAAUGAAGUUGGUGGGGAUGUGGAUGUGCUGAAGCUGGAGGAGUGGGAGAUGAGUAAGAGGGAUGAGAGGGCAGUGAAGAGGUUUGAAGCUUGA